AUGGCAACGAAACACAAUACGGCUGAUGAAGAUCCUUGGACAGAUUUAAGUUUCAAUGAUGAAGAACUGCAUACGCUGAUGAACCAACUGGAUAAUCCACUGGAAGGUGUGGACAAUUCAAGGCUAUGUGAGGCUGAACAGCACAAGGGGUUCGAUAGGAAUGUCGGAGAGACAUGGAUCUAUCCCAAUAAUUUGCCAUGCCGAUCCUAUCAACAGAGCAUUGUACAGGCGGCGCUGUAUCGUAAUACAUUGGUGGUGCUGCCCACUGGUUUGGGUAAGACGUUUAUUGCUGCUGUGGUCAUGUACAAUCUAUAUCGAUGGUAUCCCCGAGGGAAGGUGAUAUUUAUGGCACCCACAAGGCCGUUGGUAAAUCAACAGAUAGAGGCGUGUCAAAAGAUUAUGCCAUUUCCACGAAAAGACACCGUGGAAUUGACUGGGAGACUCCCAAAAGCUAAACGUGCCGAACUGUGGAAGACAAAGAGAGUGUUCUUUGCCACACCCCAAGUUGUACAGUCUGAUAUUUUGGGUAAUUAUGUCGCAGGCGAUGAGGAAGAAGGAGAAACCACUUUGGAAGAUUCUACGAGUUCCUGUAAAUUUGAAUUCCCAUUUGAUUCGAUUAAAUUGAUUGUGGUCGAUGAAGCCCACAAAGCCAAAGGCAAAUAUUCCUAUGUUGAAGUUGUUCAGUCGAUUGCAGCGAGGAAUAGAUAUUUUCGUGUUGUGGCCUUAUCAGCUACCCCCGGUCGUAACAUGGAUGAUGUGGCGGAGGUUUGUCGUAAUCUGUUAAUAUCUCACAUAGAGGUACGUUGUGAGAAUUCCGUGGAUGUGGCACCCUAUGUCCAUAAACGUGCCAUGGAAACUGUGGUCGUGUCAUUGGGUGAACGCAUUAAGGAAAUCCGAGAAGAGUUGUUGGAAAUAAUUGAUCCAUAUUUGAGGCAGCUAAUCGAUUGUCAAAUGCUUUCGGGAUCAUUGUCAAAUAUAAAUCGCAAUUUUCUUCUCUACGAACAAAAACGUUAUCAGGAACGUUGUCAACACAAUGGACGUCAUCCACAACAUUCCGCCAUUACGACUAAUUUUUCCAUAUGUAUAAGUCUUUACCAUUCCUUGGAGCUGUUGGAACGACAUGGCCUGAGAGUAUUCUUAAAUAAUUUCGAAGAAGACAUAGAAGGUAAAACGAAAUUCGUUAUACAAAUGGAACGUCGUCUAAGGAAUCUGGUUGAUCGUCUCAAUGAAGAAAUGGGUCCAAAUCCGUUUAAUGUCUCAGCCGGCCCGAUGACAAAUGGUGAAAUUGCUGAAAUGCCCAAAGAUUUAGAUUUUGGUCAUCCGAAAUUUGAAAAGGCCCGUGAAUGUUUACUUAAGCAUUUUAAGUCUCAUGACGAUUCCCGUGCCAUUGUCUUCUGUGAAUAUCGUGAAUCGGUAUUGUUAAUCUACCGCAUGCUGCUCCAACAUGUUCCUUUACUAAAACCUAAAUGUUUUGUGGGUCAGGGUGGUACUGGUAAUUUAAGACCACUCACCCAAAAAGAACAAAUACAAAUAAUGAAUGAUUUUCGUUCGGGACAAAGUAACGUACUUAUAGCCACUUCGAUUGGUGAAGAAGGCAUUGAUGUCGGGGAAGUCGACCUCAUUGUUUGUUUCGAUAUAAGCACUUCGAAUCCUACAAGAUUUGUGCAGCGUAUUGGACGAACGGGGCGAAAGAAAAAUGGCAAUGUUGUAAUGUUGGUUACCGAGGGUCGGGAGCAACAGAUUUUAAAAGAUGUCCUGCACAAUAAAGACCAAACGAAUAAAAAAAUUUUAAGAUCUCCCGCAGUUCAGCAUUCUCUGUAUAAGCAGGCACCACGUUUAGUACCCACCGAUAUCAAGCCGAAAUGUUUACAAACCUUUGUAACGCCUUACAAAGAUGAUGAGGAUGACGAUGGUGGCGACGAUAAUAAAUCUACGGCAGGGAAAUCCAAAAAGACGGUGGGAUCAAAAGCAAACAAAAAGGGACUGGGCCAAGAAAAAGGUGUACAAGAUCUGCGAAAGUUUUUCAACAAAAAACCACCACUUGUAGAAAUGGAUGCCGAAGAUUUGGAAUAUUUCGAAAUAGACACAAAAAUGACGCAGGCCAAACCGGGCAUACACACCCAGCAAAAUAUGGAACGGAGUUUUGAUCGUAUUAAACAUUUGUUUAAGGAUAUGGCAACACCAAAAUCAACACAAUUGAAACCGAAGAUGUGUAAAACGGAUGUUCCUAAAAUUGAAAUUGAAUCUGUUGAUUUGUGCGGUGAUUCAUCCGAUGAACACAUUGAAGAUGUUACACCUAAAAAGCGACAGAAAUUAACGAAUAAUAAUAGCCAAAGUUCCAUAACAAGUUAUUUCAAUAAUCAAACCCAGAAUACCAGUAUAGCGGAUGAGGAUGAUGGUGGACUAUCGGCCAAGGAAAUUUUACUAAAUGGAAGGAUUACAAAAUUAAAUGAAUUCCUAAAGAAGACACACACUACAGCGGAUGUCUUGAAAAGGGCUAACAUCAAAGAUUUAUCCUAUCAUUUAAAAUCGGACGAAAUGUCAGAUGAAAUGAAACAAAAGUUGCUGAUGGUACAUCAGGAUUUCCUACGCAAUAAUCUGGAGCAAAUGAACAUUUUAAAUGCCCUCCAAGAUUUUGACAAUGAAUCUGAAGAGGAAAAGUCUAUACGAGAAAUUCAUCGAAUAAUUGUUAGACUUUUUGGUGGUGGUGAAGAGAAAGUAGAACAAUUUUUGGAAGAAGCAGAAAUGGAAAAACAUAAACGGCAAUCCACAAUAGAUGAUAUUUCAUCCGAUGAAGAAUGGGAAAAUGAAAAAGAAUUUAAUAAGAAAAUGGAUGAUAUAUUUGGUGAUUUGGGGGAGCCCCAUAAGAGUAGUGAAACAUUCGAUUGGGUCCGAGAAAAAUUCAAACAAACCGCAAGGUAUAAGGAUGCCGAAGAGGAAAGGGCCAAGGCAGCAGUAUCCAAGGUCCAGGAAUCCAUGGUCUAUAAUACAUUUGUGGACAAUGAAACUGAAGAUCGUACACUGAACUUAGAGGACAACGACGAGGAGGAAAAUAAUGAUAUAUCAUUUACUGAAUCCAAAUAUUGCAGUCAAUGGUUGGAGUUUAAUAAACCGGAUAUGGCCUUUAAAUCGACACCAUUGCAAGGGCAAAUGAAAAAGUUCUCAGAAUCGAGACCUACAACUUCUACCAAAGCCAGGAAUUUAUUAAAUAAACUUGAAGCAACGGGUGGAGAGAAGAUCUUUGAAUCUAAAUUCGAAACUACUUCCACAAGAGCUAUGAACUUAUUAAAUAAUCUAGAGGAAUCUAAAGAAGAGAAAAUAACGGAGCAAAAGAAGGAGAAGGAGUCUGCAAAUUCACCAAAUAAUUUCCUGCCAAGUACGAAAUUUUUAGAUUCAUUGCUGAUGUGUGAAAAGGAAUUAAACACACUUCUACUGGAACGCAAAAAGGAAGAAGAUGAGAAGGAGGAUAUUCACAAUAUAUUGCAUGAUGAAAGUUCCACUUCCAGAGAUACUGAUAUGACCACGGGUUCUUUGGUUAUACCGGAAACAGAAUAUCCCUUAGAGGGGAAAGUUGCAACCACAAAAGAUACGGCGACAAAUGAUAUACUCUCAUCCACAGUAAAAGAGGCCAAGGAAACCAGUUUUGCCAUGGAUGAGGAUGAUGGAGAGGAAGAUGAAAUGUUCCUGGCUGCUUUGGAAGCAGAAAUGCAAUUUACACAAACCAAAGAGCAAGAGAAAACUAAGGAGGGAAGUACAGAUGCUCUCAACGAUUCCAAUAGAACACCGGAUAAUUUGAAUUUAACCGCGGAAACUGCAAUUGAUCCCAGUGCCAAUAAACAUAACUCCAGUGUUAAAAUGACUCCACCCUCCUUGAAUUCAACUUUACCCACACCACCAGAAAUUUCCAUAGAAAAGGAACUGGAUUUCGAUAUGGAUGCAUUUAUGGAACCAUUCCCCGAAGAAGAAGAGCUAAUGAAAUCAUCACACAGUAAAUUGCCAACAAGACGUGAAAGUCUCAAAGAGAAUUUGAAUAAGGGUGUCGGGGCCCGCCAGUCACCAGAUUUAUUUGGUGGUGGUGAUGACCAAAGUAAAUCUCCAAUUGUAUUGCAUGCGAAACCCAUACAAAAAACUUCCUUGGCCUCCAAGUUGUCGGCAAAACUAAAUCUACAGAGAAGUCAUUCAGCCUUAAAUCCUCCCACUUCGACGAAAUUUGCUUCACCCAAGAAAAAUCUAUUCCCUACAAAUUCCAGUGCCAAUUUAACAUCACCCUCCUCGCGUACAUCCACCAAUGCCAUACAAAAUAGUGAUAAAUCUCCCAGUCUAUUCGAUAUGUAUUUGAAAAAUGCCAAAGGUCGAGCAAAAUUGCCCAGUUCUCUAAGAAAUACCUCUUCGACCUUGGGUAUAUCGAGAUGUGAGAAUAAUACCUCAACGAGUAGUAAUUCUAAGCCCAUACCGGCCACACAAGAUGAAAGCAUUUUGGUGGUAAGGAAACGAACCACAGCUCCUAAACGUAAAAUAUUCGAUAGUGAUUCGGAGGGUGGUGAAAGCAGUGAAAAUGAUGUCACCGUCAUUGCUGCCGAUAAUGACGACGACGAAGACGAUGAUAGUGAUUUUGAACAAAUUGCAGCCACACAAGCAGCUGACGAAAGUAGUAUACAUCAUCGUAGAAAACGACGAAAAUACAAUUCGUUUAUCGAACAAGAGGCUGUCUUAAGUGGCUCGGAUCAAAGUGAAGAUGAAGCCGAACACUCAAUUGGUUGUUAUAUGAUGGAUUCAGUAGUAGUUGCCAGUGAUGACGAGGAUCCCGAUCAGGCAUCCACAUCACACAUGCAGGCCAUGUAUUUGCAAUCACUAAAGAGUCCUGCUGCAAGAAGAGGGGGUUUUAAAAUCCCAGCACCCCGUGUAUACAACGAUCAUUCACAAAUAUACUCCCAAGCUUUGCUACCCGAAGAGGUAUGCUCUCAAUAUAUACCUGAUUCAUUUGUGGUCGAUGAAGACGAUAGCUUUAUUAAUAACAAUGCCAAUAUUACUGAAGUUUCAAUGUGUCCCCUGGAGAGAGCAGAGAAAAUCUUAAAAGAACGUAGAAGGGCAAAGAAAAAUGCCAAAUUAGCUGCCGCGAAUGGUGGCCAAACAACAAAUGCUGUUAAAUCAAAAUCUAAGAAAAAGAAAAUCCACUUAAUCGAUGAUAGUUCAGAUGAUGAUUUUAUUUAA